UGAUAAUAAUAUCUAUCAAAACCAAAUUGAAAGCUUGUUAAAUUUUGCAUCCAAUUAAAGGAUCUGCAAUAAUGGGCUCUUACCAGAGUUGGUUCAUGAUGGCAAUUUUGGUUGCUAUUGUUUCAUUCUCAGGCAUGAAGAGUGGCGUAGGAGCACGGCAUCUUAUGCAAGCAACAAGUGUGCCUACACUUCCAAAGCCAAUAACAUUGCCACCAUUUCCACCAUUGCCACAGCUUCCACUUCCAAAGCCAACACUGCCCAACAUUCCUUCUUUCCCAAUCCCAACGACUAUUCCAAUCACUUUCCCCUUCUUCUCCCCACCACCUUCUACCACCACCCCUCUAGUUCUAUAUAAGAACAAGCACCAUAUUUUGGCUUCUCAUCCAACCUCAAAGCAAAUCAAUUUACCAUAUAUUCUCUUCUCUUCUCUCAUUUCAUCAGCCAUGGCAUCAUCAGCAAGAAGAUCUUUGAUGACAGCAUUGCUUGUUGCUGUGAUCACCAUGUCAAGCAUGAGCAUGAGCCUAGCAGCUCGCAAUCUUUUGCAAACAAGUGUUCCAAAUUUGCCUGGAAACAUUCCCAAUCUGCCAAAACCAACAGCAUUGCCACCAUUGCCUACAAUUCCAACAUUGCCUUCAAUUCAGGGCAAUAAUGUUCCACCAUUGCCAACUAUUCCAACUCUUCCACAACCAUCAACUACCCUGCCUCCACUUCCAAGCAUAAGCAUCCCUAAGAUCCCAACCGUCCCACAGAUGAACCUUCCCCCAUUGCCGGCCACUUCACUUCCAAACUUUCCCUCAAUCCCAACAACUAUGCCCUCCAUUCCUUUCUUCUCCCCUCCACCUUCACCCUCUGGCAAUUAAAAGCUUUCUCUUGGUGGUUUAUUAUGCAUGCAAUGGAUAUUAUGUUAGCUUGAUUUCAUAUACGUUCGCUUGUGUGUGUGAGAGAGUUUUAUGAUUGAUGUUAUCAUUAUUUCUUCUUUGUAGUUUGGUGUGAGAACAUUGUACUAUUUAUUUUCCAGUUCAUGAAUUUAUUGGUAUUGCUUGUACCUUUUUCAUACAUUAUUUAUAGAUUGUGACUUAUUAUACUAUUAUGA